AAUAUUGUGGAUGUUAACGCAUUUUCCAGAAAUGACACGAAUGAGGGACGAGGAAACGCGUGCCCAACAAGAAGUCACAAAAAACGACUGCCAGGGAAAUGCCAUCACCCGCCCCGCUCCUGAGGGUGCAGCGAGGACGCCGUUUGCAAUGACGUACUCGGACACGGACAGCGAACAAGAGCAGGAGCAAGUGUUAAAGAAACCAAAACCUGAUCUUGCCAUGCCAGCCUCCUCUUCUGUGAAUAUCUUGACCCAGCUGAAGCUGUCUCUGGAGAAGGAGCAGAAGGAGCAGAACAGCCACCCCGAUGGGGAGAGCGAGGGCGAGGACGAGGACCUGCUGCACCACAAAUCCAAGGAGGACCUGAUCGCUGAGAUCAAAAUCCUGCGUGCGAAGCUGGCUCGCUCCACCAGGGAGACACGCAGGCUCCGGCAGUCCCUCACCAUGCUCCGAGUGUUGCCGAAGGCAGUGAAGAAGUUCACGAAGCUGGUGGAUAAAGCAGAGGAGCUGCUCAAAGUGCCUCCACCUCCUGGGUCCCAGCACACAGCAGACUCCAGAGCACCCGCUGCUGCUCCCCCCUCGCCCAGCCCCAGCUCCUCCACCAGCAGCCUCUUGUCAAGCCUGUCCCCCACUGGCAGCAGGAUCUCCAGCAGCUCUCUCUUCAGCAGCCCGGAGAGCCCCGUGCACGAGGGAGCAGAGCCCCCACAGAAGAAAUGGUUCAAAAUCGAGAAAUGGCAGAUUGACCGCUUCAACAAAUCCACGCCUCAGAAGUUUGUAAACGACCUGAUGCAGGCGCGCUACACGAUGGAGUUCAUGGCGACGCACAGCGUGACUGGAGCCAGAUCUUCCUCCUCCAAGUUCAGAGAGACCAAGCCUGCCAUGAACCGGGCUGAGGUGCAGGAGAUCAUAGAUGUUACCAAACGCUUGUUUCCUGACGUGACCGACACAAUCGUGAGAAGAAUGAUGGGUCAGAAACUCAACAACUGCACCAAGAAGUAUCUUUCGACCAGAAUCAAAGUAGAAAUCGUAUCGCCUUAAUGUUACAAAUCGGUUUUGCUGUUGCUGAUUUUUUUUGAAAGAGAGGAUGGAGUGAAAAUGUAAAUUAGUGUUUUUUUUCAUUUUCAAUUUCUACGAUGUGUGUGUUUUAUACUGUAGCUGUUUUCGUUCUGAUUUAAAAAAAAUCGAGCAUUAGUGUUCAGAAACUAAAGAGCUUAUUAGAGAUGGCAGUGAAAUUUAUUAAUCCUCCGUGAGAAUAAAAGUAAAUUUCUUUAAAACAAUAUUCUUGAAUGUCAUUUUGGGGUAACAAAACUGAAUUCCCAACACUAACUGGUAACUAACAGAAGAAUCAUAAAUCCAUAUGAUUUUUUAUAUAGCUGACUAAAAGGCAAAGAGUUAGUAUUGCUUUAGUGCGAGAAAUUUAACAAAACAGGUCCAUUUAAACUGAACAAAGUGCUGCGCUGGAGAGGCCGAGAGUCGGUCCUGUCUAAUGAGAAAGAUUGUAAUAUUGAAGAAUAGUAAAAUAAUCAAUAUGUAUUUCUAAACGGCAUAAGUUUGAUUUAACAACCAUUUGUUAUUAAUCGUUUUAAAAAGCAUUUGUGUUAUUUCCAUAAAUAAUCACAAGACUAAAUGUCAGGAAACAAAAUGUGUGU